AACCAUAAACGCAUUGGCAGAGAAUAUUUCUCUAUCGCAGGAGACCGGGGAGGAGGAAGAGGAGGCUGUAAUCAGGUACGGAGAAGUGCCAUGAAGUUCUGGAAGAGCCUGAGCUUGUUAAUCGAGGAGACGCUGCCGGAUUGGCGAGACAAGUUCUUGUCUUACAAAGAUUUGAAGAAGCAGUUGAAGCUGAUACAUCCAAACAAGGAUGGCGAGAAGAUCAAUCCCAAUAAACGACCCAGAUUGGAUCCCGCGGACGGCGGAGAUUCCGCUAUCACUGCCGGAGACAACAGUGAGUCGGUGACCCAGGAGGUGAAUGAUUUCGUUAAGGUGUUGGAGGAUGAGAUCGAGAAGUUUAACGCUUUCUUUGUUGAGAAAGAAGAGGAGUACGUCAUCAAAUUGAAGGAGCUGCAAGAUAGGUUAGCGAGGGCAGAGGAUUCAAAUGAAGAGCUGAUGAAAGUUGGGAGGGAGAUAGUGGAUUUUCAUGGGGAGAUGGUUUUGUUAGAAAAUUACAGUGCUCUUAACUACACAGGUCUGGUGAAGAUAUUGAAGAAAUAUGAUAAGCGGACCGGGGCUCUUAUUCGUGUCCCCUUCAUCCAGAACGUUCUGCAGCAGCCAUUCUUCACAACUGAUGUGCUUAACAAGCUUGUGAAGGAGUGUGAGACAAUGCUUGAUCAGCUUUUUUCUGUGAAUAAAUCAUCAGCCUCACCUGAAGCAACUGAGGUGCAAGAAGGCUGCGAGUCUGGAACUUGCACUGAAAAUAAAGAGAGGAUGCUCAAAGGUCCCAAAGAACUUGCAGAGAUCGAGCACAUGGAGAACAUGUACGUAAAGCUAACCCAAGCUGCACUGCGUGUCUUGAAAGAGAUUCGGAGUGGCAGCUCAACUGUUGAUGUGUUUUCAUUGCCCCCGUUGCAAAGCAGUACAUUGGAGGACUGUUCAAAGAUCCCCGUGUUAGAGCAAGCAGUGAAAUAGAAAUUCUCGGGAGAUUUUUGGGAUCUCUUACUUAUUUUCCCCCUUGUUUAUCUGCUGUACCCCUCUAUUUUGUAUAUACCGGCAUGCUAACAGUAGUUGUUUGUUCGUAACCAUAUAUCCUUUAGAAGUUAGAUACGCUUUUCUAUAAGAUUUUUAGAGUUCCAACGGAUGGAAUUAGCUUAUGACACUGUCAGUUUCAAGUUUGUAUGUGUGGAUUUUUCCCAUUUUAAGGAAACAAUCCCUCAAUCAAUUCAUGCUUAUUUAACA